AUGGCGUGGUGGCGCCGGCGGCACGAGGCGACGGGCGACGAGGAGGCGGAAAAGGCUUUGGCGGCCAUCUUUAACCCCUCCCACGCCGCAGCGGGGGCAGCUCCCGACACGAGUGAUGCUCGCUCAGGGAACUCCGGUGGGCGUCGUCCCGUUGGGAGGGGUGCGCCUCAGCCUUCCCCAUCCUCAGCCUCCGCCUCCGCCUGCGCGGACGGUGUGGCGCCGGCGACGCAAAAGUACAAGGAGCAGGAUGUGGUGGGCCUGAGCUCCCUGCCGCCGAGCCCCAUUCUUGGCUACACGCUGCGCGAGGAGGGGCUUGUUGACGAGUUGGCGCACCCGCCGCGAACUCUCUCCCUGCAGCAACUGCGAUCGCUCAUUGUCGAGCUUUCCGCGGUGGAGCAGCAGGCAAAGUACUGCGUAGAGGCGCAGCUUCCGCAGCAGGUCCACAAUAGGGGGCGGCGCAGCCUUGAAAUCAUUGUCAGUCCCUGCUUGUACGCGUGCGGCUUGUAUCUCAUGCUUUGGAAGGCGCCGCGCUUGUAUUUAGGGGUGACGCCGCGUAGUAGUGUUCUUUUUACGCGGCUUCUCGCGUUGAUGCGGUGGCACCUGCCCGAGGUUGAGAAGGAACGAAUGGCGAGAAAUCACCGCUGGUUGUUGCAGGCGACAAAUGCACGGGUGACGUUGUCGUUUCUGGCGGGUUGCACACUAACCGCCGUCGCAGUCGCCACACAGCCGGCGCGCGGCGUGUUGGACUCCGGCCCCGAUGUCGAGCUGGGGAUGCAGUCCGUCGGCUUUCAGAAGCACUCGGAGGCCGUGCUGCGGUGGCUGUGGUGCGUGUACUACCACCACCCGGCCUACAAGUCGCUGGCGCAAGGGACGCUCCCGCCGUUCCUGCAGAGUGUCAGCCCGAGGAGCUAG